AUUCAAAUUCUGGUUGCAGAUCAUUUAAAGAGGUCCGCACCGAAGAGGCGCGAGUUGGCGUGUUGGUCCCACGCUCACAACUCAUUUUCGGUAUACCCGCAGCCCAAGGCCAACCAUUGCAGAUAAGCAACCACCUUCCUAUCCGACACUUGUCAAUCAUAUAGUAUUUCAAUAUAAUUUCAUCCCAUUGUAGCAUCCCUAUAGUAAGUUUUGUGAUUUUGAGAAUCGAAGAAUUGGUGCCGAUUCCAUAAAGAUCGCACCUUUUAAAUCAUACCCACCAACUGUUUGAUCGAAGGAUCCACUGAAGCCGCCAAAUUUUAAAAAGAAUGACAACUGCUUCUUUGAGUUCCACAACCCUCGUUCAAUCACAGAUUAGUGGGUUUGGCAAGCUUCUAAAACCCUCCGUCUUUCAACCCACUUACACAAGGAGAGCGAUUAGAACUGUUGUGAAGGCUUCUCGGGUUGAUAAAUUUUCAAAGAGCGAUAUCAUUGUUUCUCCAUCGAUUCUCUCUGCAAACUUCGCCAAGUUGGGAGAACAGGUGAAAGCCAUAGAUGCGGCAGGUUGUGAUUGGAUUCAUGUUGAUGUAAUGGAUGGCCGUUUUGUUCCUAAUAUAACAAUUGGACCUCUUGUUGUGGACGCAUUGAGGCCAGUGACAGAUCUCCCAUUGGACGUUCAUCUGAUGAUUGUUGAACCUGAGCAACGAGUGCCCGACUUUAUAAAAGCUGGAGCAGAUAUUGUCAGUGUCCAUUGCGAGCAAUCUUCCACUAUCCAUUUACACCGAACAGUUAAUCAAAUCAAGAGUCUCGGAGCCAAAGCUGGAGUCGUUCUGAACCCCGGGACACCAUUAUCCACCAUAGAAUAUGUUCUUGAUGUGGUGGAUUUGGUUUUGAUCAUGUCUGUAAAUCCUGGAUUCGGUGGUCAAAGUUUCAUUGAGAGUCAAGUAAAGAAGAUCUCAGACUUGAGGAGAAUGUGUGUGGAGAAGGGUGUGAAUCCAUGGAUCGAAGUAGAUGGUGGAGUUACUCCCCUCAAUGCAUACAAGGUUAUUGAGGCUGGGGCCAAUGCUUUGGUUGCUGGUUCUGCUGUUUUUGGAGCUAAAGAUUACGCUGCAGCAAUCAAAGAUGUGAUUUCAGCACUCGUUAUCUCUACAUGAGGAAUUCCAUGGCAAAUAUUGUGUUGGUUCUUGGUGUUGUAACAUUCAUCAUUUGCUGAAGGAUGUACAAAUAGGGCCCAUCCAUAAGCAGACAGAAGGUGCCUUUGUAGCAUUGUCUUGAUAUAGAAGCGUAAAUAAGUUUUGUUUCAUUGUAAUGAAUAAUAAUACAGUAUUGUUGGAAAUUUAUCAUUUCAAAAUGGCACAAAAUAUAGGGCCCUAAAAUAUAAUGAAUAAUAUAGUAUUGUUGGGUAG